AUGGCGGAAGCAUAUUCAGGCUUAAAAGUAUUUGUUUUAUUACAUUCCGGUAUUAAAUUAGACGGUAUUGUUUCCCAAGUGUUUCCUUCUAGUCAUCAAAUGACCUUAAAAGAUGUUACUUUACACAUACCUGGACAACUUCCUCAUUUUACACCUAUUUACGGUGUUAUUGGAAAGGAUAUUAAAGAUCUUCAAGUGCUUGCACCAACAACGCCCAAUGUACAACAAACGUUACCAAUAGAUAAUCACAUACUUGAUCAAAUACCUUCUUCACACCCACCAACAAAGACUGUAACGACUAUUAAAUCAACUUCAAAAACUCGAAAAACAAAGCAACAAACAAAUAAUUGUCGAAAGAAGAAUGGCUGGGCUGGUGAAGAUGUAAAUAUAUUUAGAGAAGAAGAAUUUGACUUUCAAAAGAAUUUAGAUAUGUUUGACAAGGCAAAAGUAUUUGCAGAGAUUAGUGAAUCAGAUGAAACUGCACCAGAAGAUUUAUUAGUGACUUUAAAUCGAUUGCCUCAAAAGAAUCAAACUCAUUUAUUACCUACAGAGAAUGUGUUAGGUGUAGAACGUGUACCUCUUUACGAUAUGACUACAACACGGCACAAUAAUAAAUCAAAAGAUAAAAAGAGACAAUCGGUCAAGAUUGUUACUGCUCAAAAUGGAAAUAUUCAAUGUUCUGCAAUGACUCCACUUCAAAUGACUCAAGUAGAACAUGAAUGUGAUAAAAAGAUCAUUCAGAUGAAUCAAAAAUCAUGCUUUGAGGAUGUCGUUAUGGAGAAUGGAGGUCGAGGUGCUGCUUUAUUAGUCUUGCAAAUCUUAAAUCGUAUGAAUAUUGUAUCUUCUCCUUCCAUUGUUAUCAUGGUUGGACAGCACGAUAAAAAGGGGUGUGUUGGAUUAGUGGCUGCACGUCAUUUAAUCAAUCAUGGAUGUCAUGUGACAGUUUGUAUAGAAUCAGGUAUAACGAGUGAUGCUACAUUACAAUAUGAAAUAGCAGCAAGACGGUAUGGAGCUCGUGUCUGUCAUCAUAUUCAAGAAUUAGGUGAUAGUUAUGACUUGGUGAUGGAUGCAAUAGUAGAGAUUGAAGAGAUGAGUCAUAGCAUCUAUGAUAUGAUAGAUUGGGUAAAUGAUCAAUCUAAGCCAGUACUUUCAAUUGAUUUCCCUAGUGGUGUAGAUGCAACUACAGGUAUACCUUAUCAACCUGAAUACGUUAUUCAUCCAAACUGGACUUUAUGUCUUGGUGCACCUAAAACAGGCUGUAAAUCACAUGAGAUUACAGGAGAUUUAUAUUUAGUAGAUAUUGGUAUACCCAGACUAUGUUGGAAACAUAUUAGUGUCAAAGGGAAUAUGGUACCAUGGGGUGCUGAUUUUUUAAUAGCCUUGGAAUAUGAUAAAUAA